AUACCAAAAAAUUUUAAAAAAAAUUUGUUCACUCUUUGAAUGAGUCAAGGACCAAUCCUUCUAGUAGUUCAGAUAGGGUCCAAUUAUGACUGAAACGCGAUUCUGAAUAAUAAUAAAAACUAGCAAGACUUUUCGUUAUGAACUUAAAGUUCUUGGAAUUGUUCAAAAUUCAGAACAGGAAAGCCGGCAAUGGCAGAUUUUCUUCCCAAACUCAUUUUCAUAAUUUAAAUACUAUUAUUUGAUUUGUCAACCUUGGUUUCUCGGCAAUUUCUGUCUGAUCCUCACCUAACUUCCUCAUUACCCAUAUAUUUUGCUUGAAAGAUUUGUAGUAUAGACUAAAUUACUAAAAGCAACCUGUGGUCAGACUCAAAGGGAUCUCUUUCUUCAAGUUACUUGUACAAUUGAUUGCAAUCGUUAUGGCUUCCAAGAUUCUAGUUUGCCUCAUCUUGUUUGCAGUUAUAAAUAUUGUUGUAGUUGUAGAUUGCAAUUCGGAAGGUGAUGCUCUCCAUGCCUGGAAAACCAAAUUGGUCGAUCCAAACAAUGUUCUUCAGGGCUGGGACCCUACCCUCGUUAACCCUUGCACCUGGUUUCACAUCACUUGCAACAGCGAAAACUCUGUCACAAGGGUGGACCUGGGCAAUGCGGGACUAUCAGGACCCCUUGUUCCAGAGCUUGGACUUCUUCCAAAUCUUCAAUUUUUGGAGGUAUUUGGCAAUAAUAUCAGCGGGGGCAUUCCAACGGAGAUUGGUAAUUUAACUAACCUUGUCAGCUUGGGUUUGAACCAUAAUCAACUUUCUGGCCCUAUACCUGCUUCUCUUGGAAACCUGGUUUCUUUGUCAUUCAUGAGGUUGAAUAGCAAUAACUUAAGCGGAACAAUUCCCACAGAAGUAAUUCAUCUUAUUCAAGUUGGCAAAUUGAGGGUUAUGAACGUAUCAGACAAUAUGUUGGCAGGGACCGUCCACCGCACAAAUCUUACAGGAUUUGCUGUGACAACAAUAAUACAAGAUCCCAGGGCUGUGAGUAAAAGUAAUUGAGGAACAGAAGAUAUGGCAUAUGGGAGAUACACUACUACCUUUGUAUCAACACCAGACAGCUGUUAUAUGAUAUGGGAUUUUUUUUUUUCUUUUGGAUAAGUUAAAUAAGUCAUAUAAUAUGAGAAUUUUUGCCCAUUGGAAUUAUCGAGCAAGAACAAGUAUAAUGUAAUGAAAUUUAAAAAUUUUCAAUUCUUAAAAUAAAGGAUCUCAUUGAUAAAUUGUUAUGUAAUCAUAUAUAUCAAAACAUCAAGAGCAGAACCAUGUUUAUCUCUUUUAAUUAAUUCGGGAAAUUUUCCAAGAAUACCAAGUUAGAUUAUAGCAAAUCAACAACUAUUG